ACCAAAAUAAAUAUAUUUUUUCAAUGGCAUCUAAACAAAAACUUUUUGGUUUCAAUUUUAAAAUUUAAAUUUCCGUAAUCAAAAUGGAAUUGUUUAGUCAAAUAAUGCCCCUAAAUUCAAGUUUAAAUGAAUAUGCUGGCUUCCUUACUGUUAUGAAUGAAGAGUUUUACAUCCACUUACUUAUUCAAAAUGGAAAGGCUUCAAAGAAAGUUACGUUAAGAGGGUGCAAAAAGCUAUUUAAUGUUCUUGAACCAGAAAUAAAAACAUUAGAAAAGCAUUUAAAUCAGUGUAGUACUGCUGUUGAUAUGUUGCGUGAAAUUCAUAAUCAACUGGAAUGUCUGAUGAAUACUGUGGGAUUAAAUAAGCAAGGCACUUUGUCCACAGAAUACAGUAUACUUUUUGAACAGUUGCAAGAUUGUGGUUGGGACAAGGUCCAGUACGUUAGUCCUGAUUUCGAUGUUAUAAAUCUAAUAACAAUUGAUGAUAUGAACCGAGAACAUAUUCUAAAAGUCUGGAUCCCAGAAAAGUUUCCUAAUGAGAUUCUGAGAUAUGAAUGUGAUAUGCCACAGGAAUUUACUUAUAAAUGGUUACCAGGAGACACUUUAUCAAAUCUUUUUGCUGCAUUUCAAGAAAAGGUAAAUAUGUUCAUAGAAUUUUGGAAUAAUAUGGAUGAAAUUGAUAAUCAAACUUGGGUCAUUGAACCUGAAAAUCCAAAUCGAAAGGAAUGUAAAAGAAGAAUUGCUUUAGCAUCAGGUGUUUCUUUGUUGCUUGUCAUUAACCCUCUUUUGCCAACUUCUAUACCAACCUGUAAUUACUUAGGACCAGAAAGAAUUGUUGAGCCCAUCAGAGAAAAAUUUAAUAAAAAUAUUCGUUUAUGGAGUGAAUAUGACUCUCUGCUUACCAAUCUUCGUCAAGUACUUGAAGUAGAAUUUCCAUCUCCCACAACUGCUGCCAAAGAAGAAUUUUGUUUGGAAUGUGGCAUUUGCUAUUCUCAUCUUUAUAACAAUGCAGUUCCAGAAAUAAAUUGUGAUAAUUCCAACUGCAAUCAGGCUUUCCAUCGAGAAUGUUUAUAUGAGUAUAUUAGAAUGUUACCUGAUGUGAGAAGUAGCUUUAAUAAGCUGUUUGGAAAGUGUCCUUAUUGUGAAACUCCUCUUUGGUGUAUGAUACCAUAAACCAGGAAGAAAAAUAUUGUGGAAUAUGAUAUUGUUAUUAAAUGUAUCGGUGUAAAUAUUUUUGAUUUAAAUCACUGUUUUUUUUUCUUUGCUGUUUACAGUGUUAUGUGAAAUGUGUGACACAAAAAAAUAAUUUAUAAUAUUGUAAAAUAAAAAUUUUAAUUUUCAUAAAAUAAAAUAAAACGUUGUA